AUGCUAGCUACGAAAUGCGGAGAAAAGGAGGCGAGCGAACUGGACUGCGUAGCAGUAGGUAGCAAACUGCGGGGCGCGAUGGGGACCAGACCUCCGGCCAAAUUUUGGCCGCAGCUCUGGGCUACCGUUGUCAGAAACCUACUGCUCAAGAAGCGAGAUACCAGAAAAACCCUUGCUGAGGUGCUCGUCCCUUUAUAUUCUCUGGGCGUCUUAAUAUUCCUGAAAAUGUUAAUGCCAAACCCCAACUUUCCGGAGGUGCGGAAGCCAGGCCAGUUGUUAAGGAUCCACCACGAUGCAUUCCCUGAAAACCAUUCCGUCGCUGUAGUAGCAGAUUGGCUAAAUGCCAACGGGACUAUGGGUUUCCUUGAUGAAAUAAACGCUAUGCUGGCGGAGUCUCAUCAACACCCGAUCAGAUGGAUCAAAUACAACAACACAACUGAACUGAACGACGCGUACCACAAUGACGCUAAGAGUUUUCCCAUCGCUGUCAUCUUCCACACUGACCCCACCUCUACCACCGACCCUCUCAGAUACACCAUCCGAACAAAUCCGUCGCAUAUUGGAACACCUUCAACGCGCACGCUUAUGACCUCACCAGCUAAGUGCAGAGAGAGAAAUGCCGUGAAAGACCAGCCCUUCGACUGGUCACGCGGUGGCCAACUUAUUCCGCUCUCCGAGAUGCAUCGUGAAGACACCUGUCCCGUAUUGCAGUACUAUUACUCUGGAUUCCUAGCAUUGCAGACACUCAUAGAUUACAUCAAAAUUAAGGUGGACACUAAUGCAGCAAUUCCGCCUCCCCGUAUCGACCUUCGGCAAUUUCCAAAACGCCAGCACACAGGUGACUGGUUGGUUAUCUUUAGAGUCAUAAUGCCCAUGUACAUGGUGAUGACUUUAUCGCAGUUCAUCACAUACUUGCUCAUGCUCGUCGUUGGAGAGAAGGAGAAGAAGAUCAGAGAGGGUAUGAGGAUUAUGGGCUUAAAGGAUUCGGCUUAUUGGGGUUCCUGGUUCCUGAUAUAUGCGGUUUUCGUCACCAUAUUGUCGCUGGUCAGCACAGUGCUAUUAUUUACUUUAAAGGUGUUCCAGCACUCGUCUUACAUCCUAAUAUUUCUGUUAAUGCUACUAUUUGGCUUUUCAAUAAUCACGUUGGCCUUUAUGUUCACGCCGUUCUUCGAUCGAGCCAGGACGGCGGGCAUCCUGGGCAGUUUUGCUGUAAACUUGAUGAGCGGAUUAUAUUUCAUACAAGUGUUUGUGUCUAAUGCAGACUCUCUUGCAUUCUGGUUUGUCUCGCUCAUAAACUCUAGCUGCUACGCGCUAGCCAUGGAUAAGGCUCUCGUCUUAGACAUGGCAGGCAAUGGUGUGACCUGGGAAAACUUAUGGAGUGGACCGGGGGUACCGUUUGGAGGAAGCCUCAUCAUGUUAGCAAUAGACACUGUUUUGUAUGGAUUAGCUGCGUACUGGCUUGAUGCUGUUAUUCCCAGUGAAUACGGUACCAAACAGAAGCCCUGGUUUUGCCUGAUGCCCUCUUACUGGCUUGGCAGUCGCCGUGGCCGUGUCUCCGCAGUUCACUUCCACUCUAAUGGAGAUGCAGCACACAACAAGGAUGUAGAACCCGUAUCUAGAGAACUGCAAGACAAAGAAGCAAUCCGUAUCGUUGGUCUACAGAAAAGUUUUCGCCACUGCCGUCGUCCAGAAAUUAAGGCCAUUGAUGGCAUCGACUUGAGCAUCUACGAAGGCCAGAUCACGGCUGUGCUGGGCCACAAUGGAGCUGGCAAGUCCACGCUCUUUAACAUCCUGACUGGACUAACAGCACCCACAGCUGGAACUGCCUACGUUUACGGACUGGAUAUUAGGGACCCUAAUGACAUGCACGAGAUUCGCCAGAUGAUUGGUGUUUGUCCACAACAGGAUGUACUGUUUGAUCUCCUAUCAGUCAAGGAACAUCUGCAGUUUUUCGCUGCAGUCAAGGGGAUUCCUCGCAAAAGAAGAUCAGAAGAAAUACACAAAGCACUGUCAGAAGUUGGUUUGCUGGAUCAAUCCGGUGUAUUUUCUAAGCACCUCUCUGGAGGGCAGAAGCGGAAACUUAGCAUAGCCAUCGCUUUUAUCGGGGAUCCUAAGAUAAUCAUCCUAGACGAACCAACAGCCGGCGUAGAUCCAGUAUCAAGGAGACAGACUUGGCGAAUUUUACAAAGAGCUCGCCAUGGGAAGGUACUACUGCUAACCACGCACUUCAUGGACGAAGCGGAUAUAUUAGGAGAUAGGAAAGCAGUCAUAAGUAAAGGCAGAGUUCGAUGUGCAGGCACUUCGUUGUUCUUGAAAAAUAAAUUUGGUAUUGGUUACCAUUUAACAUUAGUUUUGGAUGGAGCAUGUCGUGAGCACCAAAUCACCAGGCUAGUGCGAGGCCACGUACCUAGAGCUGAAAAGGCCCGACGUCAUGGACGUGAGCUCUCUUACAUCUUGCCACACUACGCUGUCCAUCUGUUUCCACCGUUGUUCAAUGCCAUCGAACACGAGAUUAAAGAGAAGACCAACAGACUUGGAAUCACCAGCUACGGUGUAUCUAUGACGACUCUAGAGGAGGUGUUUCUAAGUUUGGAAGGUGAAAAUGCUGAAGAAAUAGAAGCAGUUGAAGGAGUUUCAUCGGUGAAGUUAGUGAGAGCCCGAGCCUUAUCCAGGAGUUUAUCGCUGCAGAGCAAGACACUUAGUUAUCAGGAAUUAAACGACAAAGACCCACAGAAAACGACGUCACUGCCCACACCACCUGCGUCACACGCUUUACAUUCCACAACACAUGGUGUUGAACAUGUCAAGGUGACUCCGGAGGUACCAAUUUCAGUGGAUGCUUUAGGUGAGAUAGUUAAAACCAACCCAUCAUGCUGGAGAACGUUUUGCGCCCUAGUCUACAUCAGGACAGUGAGGAUGAUCAGGGACCCUUAUAAGCUAUACGUCAUGAUCUUCAUGCCUAUUAUAUCCUGUGCGAUUGGCCUGUACGUGAAGUCGCGGCAAAUUGUCUUUUUUCGCAUGCAACCACUUACAUUGGAUCCUAACGCUUACUUCAACAAAACUCCUAUAGCCCUCUUCAGUGAACAAGACAAUUACAAAGAGCUAAUGGACCUUAGAGAGUCCUUGGAAAGUUUAGGAGCGUAUCCUAUAGUAGACUUUGAUGGGAAUUUCUCCAGCCUUCUUAAUAUGGAGAAUUUCGGAGCCUUCAGUAUUAAGGAUAGUUUAAUACCAUACGGGAAGAUCAUGGCAUACUACAAUAGUACCUUCACUCACAGUUUACCUAUCAUCGUCAAUUUGUUGGAUAACAGUGUGUUUAGAGUCUUAAUGUCAACAUCAGGAUUAAUAGAGAACUUCAAACCCAUUGAGGUGUUAACACACCCUUUCCAGCAGACAGAACAACAAGAGGAGUUCAACGUUGGAAACGUUAUCUGUGCUAUAUUCAUGGGCAUGAUCUUUGCUCUAGUCCCUGUCACUCUUGCUGUGGAUAUUGUGUAUGAUAGAGAGAUAAAAGCAAAGAACCAACUGCGAGUGAAUGGCCUAUCAAUGAGCAUGUACUUCCUGACAUAUUUCACUAUAUUAAUCUUCAUCAUGAUCAUUACCAGUGCCGGAGUUCUCGUUUUGGUUAUACUCAAUGAUAUCCCCAGCUUGACAAAUGGCUCAGCAAUCACCAUGCUGUCAGGUCUCCUGCUACUCUAUAGUCCGUCCGCCAUCUUGUUUAACACUUGUCUCUCAUAUGUGUUCGACAAAAUGGAUUCCGCACAGAGCAUCAUGCCAAAUAUUACAACCUGGGUCGGUGUUAUACCAUUUAUAUUGGUGGCGGUGCUUGAUACUUUUAAAUGGGGUAGCGACAUUGCGUUCUACUUGCACCUAGUCUUCAGUUUCUUAGACGUCAUGUACAUCCCAUACGCAAUCAUAUAUUACGUUGAUAGGGUGUACCUGACAUGCAACCUGCGCGGCUUGUGCACAACGCCGGCGAUGAGCAGCUACUUCACAGCGGAGGUGUGGGUGCUGGUGGUGGCCAUGUUGCUGCACGUGCCGCUGUGCGGCGCCGCUCUCCUCGCAGCGGACAGGCUCAAAUCCACCGGCCGGAUAUGUCCUCGAAAACGCACGGGCUCAGCAGAAGGCGGUGAUGCUGAAGCGGAUGCAGGAGGUGACGGGGCUGAAGAUGAAGACGUGAGAAGAGAGCGCCGAAGGGUUGCUAAUAUACUGAACCAACCCAAAAACAAUGCACCGCCGCUUGUAGUGCAUAACCUUCGAAAAGAAUACAAAGUACGUGGUACUGGCAGCGGUGGGUCCUGCUUUGCACAGGAAGAAGAUUCGUCGUCCAGAGUUAGAUCUCGUUUUGUAGGAUUAUCUAGACUUAGUCUAGCUGUUGAGGGAGGCGAGGUGUUCGGUCUUCUCGGGCACAAUGGGGCUGGAAAAACUACCACAAUGAAGAUUAUCACAGCAGAGGAGUGUCCUACAAAUGGCACGGUGAUGUUGGGGAGUCAAAACAUAGAUGACUCUCAGACGUCGGCGUUCCAAAUGCUGGGCUACUGCCCGCAGCACGACGCUCUCUGGAAGAACGUCACCAUUCGUGAGCAUAUCGAGUGCUACGCUGCAAUAAGGGGAGUCAGCAAACAGGAUACUCCUAGGAUUGUAGAUGCAUAUUUGAACGGCCUACAAAUAAUGGAGCACGCGAACAAGAACGCUGACGAAUGCUCGGGAGGCACAAAACGGAAACUGUCGUUCGCGUUGGCAAUGGUGGGCUGUCCGAGAGUGGUGCUGCUGGAUGAGCCUUCGACUGGCAUGGACCCAAGGAGCAAACGCUUCCUCUGGGAUACCAUCUUAGCCAGUUUUCAGGGCAAGAAAGGUGCUAUACUAACUACACAUUCCAUGGAAGAGGCUGACGCUUUAUGUUCUAGGGUCGGUAUUAUGGUCAAAGGAGGGCUAAGGUGUAUCGGCUCCACGCAACAUUUGAAAAAUCUGUAUGGUGCAGGAUAUACCUUGGAGAUGAAGAUUGGGUCAAACAAUCAGAAAGUGAUGAUGGAAUCAGACCUAUCGAUGACUCCAUCGCCGCUCAGAUCAAACGAAAAUUCGCCAUCACUAGGAGAGGCUGAUGAAGGUGGUUCCGGGGGAGGUUCAGUGGGGGGAGAAGCAGAGGGUGAAGCCGAAGCGGUGGAUGCCAGUAUACACACCCCACUUGUCGCAGGCACCCCACCCUCAGCCAGGCACAAUCACCAACGGACGGAGUCAAGUGGUGGUGCAAACGCAGAAGCUGCAAUAGCUUUAGUAGCGCAGUUAUUCCCAUCAGCGAUCUUAGAGGAAAAUUUCUCAGAGCGACUGGUUUUCUCCGUACCGCAGUCUUCUGUGUCCAGCCUCGCAAGAUGUUUCCAGCAGAUUGAGGAUGCGAAAGAGAAGCUUAAAAUUGUUGAGUACAGCUUCAGUCAGACGACACUGGAGCAGGUGUUCCUGAAAUUCGCACAAUCUGAAAACGUCGACUCUUCAGACCAAGAACAUUAA